GAAAAAUUGACAAACAAAAUCCAAAACUGUUUCACUGUUGAGCAGCUUAUCUUGAAGAGAUUGGGCAAUCAUCCUAGGAUCGUGAAAUACCAUGGUUGGCAAGAUGAGCCACAGCGUCUGCGCGGCUUGAUCCUUUCCUGGCCCAGUCAUGGCAAUCUCCAACAGUAUCUCGAGCUGAAUUACGAGGCUAUCGAUAUGUGUACAAAGCAGCAAUGGUGUCGACAAGCUGUGGAGGCGGUAGCUUAUAUCCAUAGUCAGGGUGUAUGGCACUCUGACCUACGGCCAGAUAACUAUCUCGUUCAUGCGACAACGCCGACCUCGUUGGAUUUAUGGCUUUGCGACUUCGGUGGAUCUGUCUGCAAGGAAUUAAGAUUAGACGGAAAACAAUUACCUGAUCCCGGUUUCUUCGAUCCAAAUGCUCAGUGGGUGGCAUCUGUCGCGACGGAUAUCUUUAGCCUUGGGUCUAUACUGUACGGGGCAUUGGUCGUAUAG